GCAGAUGUUACCACAACGACGCACCACCAAACAACCUUCGUGUUGACGAGCAGAAUCGAGGAUCUUAGAUUUCAAAAAAGGCACUGGGGCUUCGAUAGUCCAAGAACUGACCCUAUACUGUACAGGAUCACCAAGAUCGCAGAGAAAGAUACAGUUACGGAAGGAGCAUCCAGUGCAGUUUCAACAUCACGGCUUGGCACACACAAAAGAAGAGGCCUCACUUCCCACACACCCACUCAUACGCCAUAUCUCUCGAUUCCCGAGGUCAUACAUAAGUCAUACGCCACACAAGGCUACCGCUCCUCCGGAACUCAAAUUCCAAGAAUCAUAAUAUCAUCACAGCCGACAAGAUGAGUGUCCAAGCCCCCGCCGCCGCCGCCCCCGCCGCCGCCACCGCCGGGCCCGGCUCCGGCUCCGGUUCCAGGUCUCCUCACCCAAGCCAGCUUCCCGGCCCAACCCCAUCCUCCUCCGUCGUCGGCAGUUUCCUCCUCCCCUCUCCACCCUUCAUCUCCGCACCUGGGCUCAUCAACCUCCGCGACAUCGGUGGCUACGAGAUCCCAUCCACCUCCGGCCGCAAAAAGAUGGUUCGGAAAGGUGUAGUCUUCCGCUCCGCUGACCCCACCCAGCUCACGGACGAAGGCGUAGCCGUGAUGCAAAAGCUGGGAAUCACGCACGUGUACGACUUCCGGUCCAAGCUGGAGUUUGGCAAGACACCCGAGACGGAACCCAAAGAGUGGGCGGGCGCGCAGAGGUGCCAUGUGCCCGUGUUUCCCGACGCGGAUAUGUCUCCGGAGGCGUUGGCGGUUCGGUUCCAAUUGAGGAAUUCUAGGUUUAGAGAUUAUACUGAUGGGCCGGCGGGUUUCGUCCGCGCCUACUCAACUAUCCUUGCCGGUGCCGCAGACCCCCACAACACCUACGCCCCUUACCGGACCAUCUUCCAGCAACUCGCCUCCUCUUCUUCCUCUUCCUCUUCCCCAUCCCCCAGUCCACUCCUAGUCCACUGCAGCGCCGGCAAAGACCGCACCGGCCUCUUUGUCGCCCUUCUCCUCUCCCUUCUGCACCUACCCCCCACCAUCAUCGCGCACGAAUACUCUUUGACCGACCUCGGCCUGGCGCACCGCAAGCCCGCCAUCGUCGACCACGUGAUGCUCGACCCAGCCUUUGACGGGGACCGGGCAGCGGCCGAACGAAUGGUCUCCAGCCGGAAGGAGUCCAUGUUGGCUACGUUGCAUUACAUUGAUGAGGAGUAUGGAGGGGCGGAGAAGUAUGUGAUUGAGAGGUUGGGAGUUACGAGGGAGGAAGUGGAGAGGAUUAGGGAGGUUAUGAUUGUUGAUGUGGAGGAGGGGGAGGAGCAGGGAUUGGUGGAUUGGAGGCGGAAUGCGGAGGUUGUGGAGGAGGUUUACCGUAGAUGAGGAGCAGGGGGAGGUAGUGGAAGGGCAGGGGCUCUAUAUGAGGACUGCACUGGGAAAGAGAAAUGGCUUUCGCUGUAGGGCCGAGGCCCCUGGAGAAGUCCAAGUGUGAGAAGAUGGGUUGUUGGAUAGUGAUCUUUGCUCAAGACUCGAGCUCAGAUGAUCAGGAGACAUCGUAUUUGUACGUUUAGUACAUACAUAUCAGACAUAUGGGCAUCAGAAAAGUCCAACAGAGCGUGUUGAAGUUUUCCAGCCCG